UAUAAAUCGAAAAAUAACUUCCUCCUUUGUACUUUCGUUUUUAAUACAUUUAUUACAAUUUUAUUCAAAUAAUAAGGUGUAAUGCGUUCGUCUCAAAGUAUGUCUUCGAUGGAACCAUUCUUGAAUUCUUCACUGAGGAAGUACAAACACCUAGAUAUUACCAAGUCAGACGUUCUUGAUGCAACCAACGAAUUUACAGGCUUGAUACCAAAGUACGAGGACUACGUUUUCACAGACGGCAGCAAUUUUAAGCUCCUUCAACUCGUUGGAACGAUCCCUACGACAUACAACGGUAUCGUGUACAACAUCCCAAUCAGGGUCUGUCUUAUGGACACACACCCCUACAUUGCCCCCAUGGUGUAUGUAACACCCUCAUCAAACAUGCAGAUCAACCCAGGGCGUUACGUUGACCAGAACGGCAAAGUCGAUUUGCCAUAUCUAAAGGAAUGGAACUAUCCCACCUCGGACCUGUUUGGGAUGCUCCAGGUCUUAUCGAUCGUGUUCGGAGAGCAGCCUCCGAUGUAUGCUCGCCCAACGGCGACCAAUCAGACUUCACCCCGCGUGUAUUCCCGCCCACAACCAACAAAUCAGUCAAUACCUCCCGUAAAUGCCCGCACACAGCCAUCAAAGCUGCCGCCCCCUCCCGUAAAUGCCCGCACACAACCGACAAAGCUUCCGGCCCCUCCUAGAUAUCCCGCAGAGAGGACGCAAAACCCCCCAGCAGAAGGUAGAAGGCAAGCUCCACCGGCCCCUCGCUCUAUUUCAGAUAUUGAGGACCAGACUACAGACUCUUCAACCAUAGAUGAGGAAGUUGAUGAAAUUCAAAAGCUGCAAGGUUUACUGAGGUGUAAGAUUUGCAAGGUUCGGCGCGUGGCGUUGGCCUAUCUGCCUUGUGGUCACUGUGUCGCCUGUGAGGAAUGCGGCUCAAAGGUCCACAGCUGCCCCAAGUGUCCCGAUAAUGGAGUAAACACGCGAGGGACUAUUAAGAUACUUUUUGCACCAUAAACCCACGGAUUCUGCAGUAUGCAGUGUGCUUACAUUUACAUUAAUGACAGCCGCAAGUUGACUGUCGAAGACAUGUAUACAGUGGUCAUGUCUUAGUUUACUUAUGAGAACGAUUUUGCGAAAAGUCAGAUUUGUCUUUCCUUAUUAUCAAUUAAUGUCACGUUUAGAAGUUCUUGAACGUAUGUUAAUGUCGCAAAGCAAUAUUGAAAAUGUGAAUGUACAUUGUUUUGUAUCGUGUUGACAGCAAAUGUAUACAGUUAAUUAUGUUAACAUUUGGAUGAAAUAUGUGAGCAAACAACUGGUUUAAUUCUACCGUUUAAUUUACACAAACAAAAAUGUUUAUUCGACUCUCAUACUUAACUAUCUAGCCCAUUCCCCAGAUGAAGAUGUCCUGGAGUAAACUGACACGUUCAUAACUAUGUUUAUUCAGUCGGCAGUUUAUUCAAGUGUUCGAACUGUUUUAAAACAUAAACCAUAUCAAAUACGUUUAUUUCAAAACAAAUACCAUUCAGUAAUUUGGUAAAUGUUUGCGAAUGCCGUUGACAGAAACUAAUGAUCAUAGAAUGAGUUAUGUGGACUGUGGUUUAAUUGCAUAUUUCAACCAUUGUUUGUUUGUUUUAUCUUUCGUAACGUGUGUAUGCAAAGCAUAUUGGAUGUCUCGUUAAACAAAAUAUAUUAAGGAAUGCAAGUUUUUAAAUUAUACCUCAAAAGUUUAUUCUCUGUUGACAGGUAUAUGUGCAAUAACUGUCUGAGUCGACGAUGAAUUGUUGAACUAUGUACUGCUUAUUUCAAAUACCUCGCCAAUGGUUGUACUUUAUAUUGCUCAUUUAAAAUAUUUAACUAUUUUUACGUGAUCUUCUCUUUGUAUUUGCUUAAACUAUCUUUAUUCUCGGAUAUUCUAUGGUUCCACUUUAUUUUGCAGUAUUAUAACAUUUUUGUGAAGAUUUAAUUUGCUUAAAUACAUACGUCAAACGCCAUUUUAUUAGUAUUAUAAAAAUGUAAACACAUUAUUUGUUCACUUAAAACAGCAGCAAACGACUCAAUCCUCUUACAAUGUAAUCGUUUGAAUAAGAAGAGAGGCUAGAGGGCUUCUUUAAAACUUGAUUGACUCAUGUAUAUCACUUAUAUCAUAUUUGUUUAUUUAAAUACUGAAGGUAUUACAAAUAUAAUUGAAUGACACAAAAAGAAUUGGACGCUGGAUUUAAGUAUUGCAUGUAAUAAUGAAUGACAUGUAAGUAAUAAAAAAAUGUUUUGAAAGUUCAAGUCAGAUUUUACUUUGCAGAAUAGUUGUUUGUUUUUGUACGUGUGUGUAAAUUGGAAUGAAAGGUUCCUAAA